AUGCUUGCUCGAUGUCAGCACAUAUUUGCCUUCUCAAGAAUCAAUUGGUAUACGCUUGCUAUAGGCAUUUUAAAAGAUCAUAAACGCAAUUAUUCUUAUGGUCAUGUAUCCACCUCGUCACCUUUAAUAAAGACGACUUCGGUCGAGAUAAACCCAGUCUCACAUAUACUCAAACCAAAGAAAAAGAUGAUUCGUUGUUCAGGCUUCAAGAAAUACGAUGGACAACGCUGUAAAAGAAAAGUCAAGACAACAUUAGAUACUGUUUAUUGUUUUGACCAUCAUCCUAUUCAACCCACAAAAAAAAAAAAGAAAGGACAGUUUUCAGCUGAUAUUAUAGAAUUACCAAUGUACACAAAAAAGUCAGUAGAUGAAGGAAACAAGCUAUAUGAUUGUUGGGACUUAUGGAUCAAGCCGUAUAUUAAGAAGGAAUCAAGACAAUUGAUUCGCCGAGAAAUGAAACGUCCUUUAACAAAGACAGACAAACCAGGUUACAUUUAUGCUUAUUCGUUCGAGAAUGGACCUCUUGCUUCAACAGACGCAUUUGCUUAUUUCAAGAUUGGAAGAACAGCAGACCCUCAUCGACGCAUGUAUCAAGUAGCCCAUUUGUGCAACCAUAUGCCUAAAAUCAUUGAAUUAUUUCCUAGCUUUCCUCUAGUGACAGACAGACCUUACAUGUCCACCAACUUGGAGACGCUAGAUCGGAAAAUACAGCAAUUACCCAAAUGUCCAGCAACACACCGAGUAGAACGAUUGAUCUUGCUUGAAUUGUCGUCCUUGUAUGAGAAGGCAGAUGUCAAAUGCUCUGCUUGUGGACAACUACAUCGAGAAUGGAUACGUGUCGAAAGAACAAGAUAUGCUGAUGGUACACUCAUGACAGAUCAAGAAUUAUGGACUUCCAACAUAAAACCAGUAGUUUUGCGUUGGAUUCAGUAUGGUGUUCUUGCUUCAGCUAUCAACAAAGAGAAUUUUAUUUACAAGUAG